AAGGUUGAGACAUAGGCAAAGUCAGUCCGCUGGUCCGGUAUUCUUCAAUCUUACCCCCAUCAUUAGUAGAUUACAUGAUUCACUAGAUAUAUCUACAUGCAUGUAGAUUUCUAGAUCUAUGUGAUUUUGAUCAAACUCAUUGUAGAUCUCUGCUCUAAAUCCUAGGCCUAACUUGCCCAGAGAUAGCCUAGAAUCUGGUAUAAAAACAAUUUUAAGGCUUUCCAAGAACACAACCUGUCUAGAAUCUAGAUCUAUAUAUCUAGGCCCUAGACCAUGCAGCUGUUGCAGAGCGGAAAAUUGAAUGCUAAUUAAAAUUACACAUGCUAAUGGCAGUUAAACGGAACGAAAUGGAAACGUGUCUUUCCAGCUCGCGAUUCCUACCGAGCUCGAACCGUCAGUCCCAAUGGGGCAAUAAUAAUAUAAAUUCUGUUGACACGGCAAGUUCAGCAAGUUCCCCGACUGUUCGUCGCUUUUAGUUUUUGACACUCCACAGUUCAAUUUGAGACUUGGGCACUUAAAAUUUACUGGAUUCUCUUGCCUUUUAGACAGUGCAAGAGAAGAAAUCAUGAGAGUUUUACUGUCAAGAGUCUUCAACACUUGUCGUCUGAGUCAAGUGCUGUCGAAGAAAAAUGUCGUUUCACUCAAGUUGUCACCAUUGUCAGUGCAAGGCAAGCGAUGGAUUCAGCUUUGCACAACUUACCCUUUUGACAACUAUGAACUCGAGAGGAAGAACUUUCAUCUUGAUGUCCCAGAAUAUUUCAACUUUGCUCAUGAUUUCAUAGAUGGAUGGGCAGCAGCUGAGCAGAGCGGCAAACGUGAAUCUGAUGUACCUGCAUUCUGGUGGGUUGAUAGCGUGUCAAAGAAAGAAAUCAAGUGGUCAUUUCAGCAACUAUCUCAACAAUCGAAACGAGUAGCUAACGCUUUGACUGGUGGAUGUGGUCUUCAGCGGGGAGACAAAGUUAUAGUUAUUCUACCCAAAAUACCAGAAUGGUGGCUGCUGAACUUAGCUUGCAUUCGUGCUGACAUAAUUUUGAGUCCAGGGACUACCUUGUUACGAAGCAAAGAUAUCAGGCACAGACUAAAACUUUCUGGGGCCCAGGCCAUCAUCACCAGUCCUGAGCUCAGUCAUUACGUGGAUGAGGGAGCGUCUGAUAUUGAACGACCUCUGACCAAAAUUCUUGUUGGUGAACAGUCUGAGACAAGGCCAGGAUGGGUCAAUUACCAUUCUCUGGUGGAGAAAGCUUCUGCAGAUUUCCAGACCGCUAAGACCAAAGCGACGGAUCCAAUGACUUUGUUCUUCACAAGUGGAACAACCGGUGCACCUAAGAUGGCGGAACUUUCUCAUGCCAGCUAUGGCCUGGGCCAUACACUGACUGCCAGAUACUUUUUGCAAAGCACUUCUCGGUCAGUGGUGUGGAACCUGUCCGACACAGGCUGGGCCAAGUGUGCAUGGUCUUCUUUAUUUGCUGCUUGGAUUCAUGGGUCAUGUGUUUUUAUCUACAAUUCUGCGGCCUUUGAUCCGGCUGAAACUCUACAGGUUCUGAAAGACUAUCCUGUGGAGAUAUUAUGUGCUCCGCCCACUGCGUACCGACACUUGGUGAAGGGUCACUUAGAACCGGGCAUGUUAAAGAGUUUGAAACAUGCGAUAUGUGGAGGAGAACCUGUCAACCCAGAGAUGAUAGAGCUGUGGAAAAAAGGCACAGGGCUGGACAUUCAUGAAGGAUAUGGCCAGACCGAAACCACCCUGAUAUGUGCUCGCUAUGCAUGCAUUGAUUACAAACCAGGCUCAAUGGGCAAAGCCUCACCAGGCAUUGACCUGGCUGUUGUGGAUGAUGAUGGGAACGUUCUGGAACGCGGAACAGAGGGUAACCUGGCUGUGAAGGUGAAGCCUCAUCGACCUGUUGGACUCUUCACUCACUACUUGAAUGAACCAGAACGCACAGCUGCUGUUUUCAGGGGAGAUUACUACCUGCUUGGUGAUCGAUGCUACAUGGAUGAAGAAGACUAUGUCUACUUUGUAGGGCGAGCAGACGAUGUCAUAAUUUCAUCAGGAUAUCGCAUUGGCCCAUUUGAAGUGGAGAGUGCUCUCCUGGAACAUCCUGCAGUGUUGGAAUCUGCUGUUGUGAGCAGCCCAGAUGACAUCAGAGGAGAGGUGGUCAAAGCGUUUGUGAUUCUGAGCCCAGAUUAUCGGAAUACAGACCCAGAGACCCUGGACCUAGAGUUGAAGAACCAUGUUAAAACAGUUACCGCCCCUUACAAGUAUCCAAGAAGGAUUGAAUUUGUCACAGAGUUGCCAAAAACCAUAAGUGGGAAAAUUCGACGAGUAGAACUUCGCAACAAAGAGUGGAACAAGGAGUAACUGUCAACCUCUGCUUCAUGUCAUCAACAGUUGACUCUUGUGUAAAUGUGUUACUGUGUCCUCGUCUGGGAAGUCAUCCACAACAUUUUUACUCGUGAGAAUACUCCUACAAUGACAACUGAUUUAGUCAAAAAGCUAUCAAAUGUCAAGUUUACCUUUUUGUCAUUAUCAUACUCAAAACAAUCUUGAAAUCCUUUUUUCUUUCCUUAUAAGCUGUUGUUGAACCUAAUGUACUACAAGUGGUAAAUGAUAAAAACGUAGCUUUAAAAAAAACCUCAAGUACAGCAUAGAUGAUUUUUGUUCUUUUAUCAUGUUUGAAUGCAAAAACCUUCAAGUGCUGUAAAAAAACAUUCUCAUGUGUUCAUCCAUUCCCUGUCUUUUCAAUGAAAAAAAGUUGUUGGUUGCUGCCACUUUGUGAUUGCAUGUCAGGUCACAGGUGCUAUUGCUCAACGCCUCAGUGAACUCUUCCUGUUGUUUCCCAAAGCUCAAAAUGUCUUCAGAAUGUCGAAUGUGGGAAAGGUUGUGCUCAAACUUCAUAUUAUAUUUUUUUCCUUUGAAUCUUAUCAUAGGUGCCUGCAUAAUAUUUAUCAUAUAUAGAGGCAGUUGGUUAUUAUUAUUCCCUUCUUAGGAAAUUAUUUAGCUCAUGUGAUGAAUCUCUGAUUUAUUAUCCAAAUUCAUAGCUGUGUCACUGAAACUGCUCAUUUUUACAGUUUGUCUUUAUUAAUAAUCAUGGAAGGCAUGGGGUAUAGAAUUUCCCAUUCUUUUAAAAUUGCUGAUGGCAUGUCUAAUUGUGAAACAGGAGAAAGAAAAAAUGUUACUUGUAAGUGUAAGUUGUGCAUUCUUGGUUGUGAGCUUUAUGGAAGUUCACAGGCAGGUCUUUAUGCUUCUUUUUCAAUGUGGCUGCUCUGUUUUUGUUAUUCAUGCAAGUUCCACGCAAUCUCAAGCUACUAUAUGGUGCAUGUUGAGAGGUCAGUAAAAUAAUGAUACCUCGACUCUUUCUUUGCUACGAUUGUCUUUGUUGGUUUUCCGCGUUUGUGAAAAGUAGAGCAGGGAAAAGCCAGUUACGGGUUUUAAUUGUUUUUUGUCCUGUGUCCUAUUUUAUGGUGCCAGAUGUUAGUUACAUGUACAGCUUUAGAUUGUUGGACAAUGUUAUGGCUGAAAAAAUCUCUUGUAAUUCAUUGCUGCUGCUGCUAUAAUUUUUGCUUCCGAGGAAAAAUUGCUAUAUGUGUCAAGAAUUGUGAUGAUGAUAAUGAUGAUGAUGAUGAUGAUGAUGAUGAUGAUGUAUCAGUUGCGAGCCGUAAAACCCCAAACUAAAAAAAAAAA